UUAGAGACACCCACUGACGACACAAAUCCAGCCAUUCUUCCUGUCCACUCCCUUCUUGUUACCACUCCAGUGUCAAGGGUGCUGACAAUAGAUGCACAUCUCUCAGCUCUUAUCUGGCAGCUGAAUCACAGACAGACACAGUAGCCCUAUUGCCAUGAUGAAGACAGCCAUUGUGUUGGUAUUACUCCUAAUGCUGACCACAGUGUCCUCUCAGACAUUCCAAUGGGGUUCCUGUCCCACCACACCAGUACAGCCCAACUUUGAGCUGCCCGGGUAUCUGGGAACGUGGUAUGAAAUUGCAAAGCUCCCAGCGGCCUUUGAGAGAGGCAAAUGCAUCGAAGCACAGUACUCUCUGAGAUCUGACGGGACCAUCAAAGUGCUUAAUAGUCAGACAGUUAAAGGAAAAGUGAAGAGCCUUGAGGGCACGGCUGUUGUGCCGAACCUGUUAGUGCCAGCGAAGCUUGGAGUUAGUUUUUCCUACUUCACCCCCUACAGCCCAUACUGGGUCUUGUUCACUGAUUACAAAAACGUGGCGGUGGUUUACUCCUGCACUGACUUCCUGAGGGUGUUCCACAUCGACUACGCCUGGAUCCUGUCUCGCACCCGCGUUCUGCCUACUUCAUUCAUCGCCAAAGCCCAGGAGGUCUUAACUGGGUUCAUCGACAUCAGCAGAAUUACUUUCACUGAUCAGCUCGGCUGCCUGCCUUAAAUGAUCAUAAUAACAGUUCAAAUUUGCACACCCCAAGUAUAAUCAAUCAACCCUAACGAAUUUGAUCUGUGAUGUUUGUUCCUUUAGUUUUGCGCUGGCACUACGAGGCCAACAUUUAAUGGAAGCUUAAACCAAGCCACUUACCGUCAUGCUAACGUCUUGCCUACAUCACCACACACUUGCUUCUCAAAGCACGUUAGGUUGCUAAAGCUGUACUAUGUAAGAUUUGGGGAUUUGGAGUCCUGUCUGGUGGAAAUGCGUAAUUGCACUCAACAUGCAGAAAACCCAUUUUGGCAUGACAUGGCUCAGCUCUACUCGACUUGGCACCAGCUACUUCACUUUCCACUGCAGACUGAAUGUAGCUGGAGCCAGCAAGACACAAAACCACUGUGAUAAACAGGAGAGUUUGGGAAACAUCAGAGUUCAGAUGAUCAGAUGAUUCUGGUUGCUCAACGUUGAUGAAAGAUGGUAUGCUUACCUGGUAGCUAACGUUAGCAUAUGUGUUGAGGGUGAUAGUGAAGAAUUUCUCUGUCCAGUCAGUAGUCUGCAGUUUUUCCACACCGUCUUUCGGUAUCUGAUCAGAAACUCGAAGGAGGUGAUACCAAAAAUAGUACCAGAAACCAGGUUUGCCCAACGGAAAACUGAGUUGAGCAAGUACAACGCGAAGGAAAAGCAGCUACGUAAAGUGGGUUGAGCUUUGGUCCGUGGCCACUGUAUUUCAGCAUGUUUUUAAUGCUAAUUCUUUUAAUCUGAACAGAACAGCCUUACAUAGUGCAGCUCUGAACUCAAAUGGACCUGCUCGUGUUCAGUGAUACUGUAAAAAUGGACAAAUGUGUGGGGUUUGUCAGUGCAAAACUAACAAAGCACACUUCACAUAUCGAACAUGUCUUGGCUGAUCAAGUAUAGUUGGGGUAAAGAAAUUGGGGAAACUGUUCAAAUUUGAACAGAUACUGCUUGCAAUAUAAGCGAUCACCAAUGAUUAUGUUUAUAGCGCAAAUUUUACUUAUGAUCAAUCAUUGCUGAAUGUCACAUUACAAUUUUCAGCUCUUUAAAAUCAUGUAUUACCACAUUAACUGACAUCAAUCACAUAACUUACAUAUUCUACAUUAAAUGAUUGUGUUGGUUGAAUAAAAGCUUGACUAUCA